AUGAAGCCUACCUCCGUUAUUGCGUGGUUCUCCGGGACCGCCUGCGCCGCCCAGAGUCCGCUUGCGCUCUUCGAAAACUCGGCCGCGGUAUCUCGAAUUCCCACGAGCUAUGAAUCCGCUGUGAUGGGCCGUCGCAUCCUCGGUCUGUCCAAGCUCGCCACGUUCUCGACCGUCUUCCCCGACUCGCACUCGCGCGGCUCCGACAAUGCACAGGGCUCGCACCCCCUCGAGGCGCGACCCACGGGAUUGGAAGGGGUUCCCAUCGGUCUCAUGGAUUAUAUUGCGGACUGCGAGGAUGAUGGCAAUCCGACAAUCCUGGCCAUUAAGAUCGGGACCAGCUUCAAGAAUGCUCGCGCUGGGUCCAACGUCACAGUGUCCAUGAGGUGGACGCCGCCAUACCCCCCGGCGAAGCGCAUCUCCAUAAUGUCUCGCCUGUCGGCUUUCAUCCCCUUCCUUGCCCGCGACUGCCCGUACAACACGGCUCCGGAGCACCCGGAGAUCCCAGACACGGUUCCAUAUUCAGCUGCGAACCUACCCCGCUUCUCCUUGAUCGGCUACCUAGAGAACAUCGAUGCAGACUACUCCAAAGCGACCGACCUGGCCGUCUGCUAUACCAAGAAGCAUCGUGAUGCCAGAUAUUGGCUGCCGGGUAACCACAUUCACACGAGCGAGUGGAUGCGGCUCGUCGUGACGAGCGUAUACUGGAUCGGUGGGUUCGGUGACAGAGCGUACAUUGGCUGGAUCCCUCUUCAGGAGUGGCAGAACGUGACUCGCAAGGAGUGGGAAUCGAUCCAGCUUCCAGGUGAGAAGAAGGGUUGGAGCGAGUGGAGCGUCGACCAGAUUGCCGAGCUUUGA